AUGGCCUUGUCAGAAAAAAUAAAAGAAACUAUCGAAAAAGAAGAAAUUAAAUUAUUUGAGUAUAAUUCUUUUGUAAAGGAAAAAUUACUAGGUGAAGGAGGAUUUGGAGUUGUCUUUCAAGUUUAUUCAAAAGAUAGAAAAGAAAUUGUAGCUUUAAAAAAAGUUCGCAAUAACAAUGAGUCUUUUAUAAAAGAAGUUAAAAAUAUUAAUAAAUUUAAUCAUGAAAAUAUAAUAAAACUCUAUGGAGUCACUAAAGAUCCUAGCACUCAAGAAUAUUGUAUGGUUCUACAAUUUGCAAAUGACGAAGACCUUCGGAGUUUUUUAUACAACCAUUUUUCUGAAUUAAAAUGGCAAGAUAAAAUUAGAAUGGCAAAAGAAAUUUCUAGAGGAAUUUGUUGCUUGCAUAAUGCAAAUGUUGCUCAUCGCGACCUUGUAAGACAUGAUAAGAACAUAUUAGUACAUAAUGGCAGAAUGUUAAUUGCUGAUUUCGGUUUAUCUAAAUCUUUAGGAAGUAAUUCAUUAUCUAUUGAUGGUGGACAUUUUGCAUACUCUGCCCCAGAAUUCCUCCAAAAUUCAAGGCAUAGCCGAGAUAAGUCUUCCGAUAUAUAUAGUCUAGGCAUGCUCUUCUGGCAAUUGUCAAGUGGAAGGCCUCCUUUCAAGAAUAUGGAUAAAUUUCAAAUACUUCGUCAUAUAACUGAUGACAACCGAGAAUCUCAUAUUAAUAGAACACCAUAUGAUUUUGUAGAUCUUUAUUGUAAAGCUUGGAAUAAAGAUCCAAAAUUACGACCUGAAAUCUUCACAAUUUUGGAUAAGUUAGAUUCUAUACAAAUGACACCCGUUUUCCAUGACAGAUCCUCACCAGAUUCAUCACCACCAUCAAUUAAAAUCGAUGGGGAUUUUUUAUAA